CCUGUCCUGCAUGAGCAGGAGGGAACAUACAUAGUCUCAGUGUCAAAGGAGAGCAGGCAGGCGCACAGGAAGAAUGAGGAAAAUGCUUUUUGUGACUGUGCUGUGGCUCCUGCUCUUACUGCCUGGCUUCAACGCUCUAAUGGGAUCUCCUCAGGAUGAGAUCCCAUGGGGAAAAGCCUCCUCUGCCGACACUACAGUAAGCGACCGGUUACGUCGCUCCACCGUGAUGCCUGACGUCACCCAUCUGGAACUGCUGGUGGUGGUGGGGCCGGACGUCCAGCAGGUCCACAAGCAGGACACGGAACGAUACGUUCUCACCAACCUCAAUAUUGCCUCUGAGCUGUUGAGAGACAUGACCCUGGGUGCCAACAUGAGGGUACACCUGGUCCGCAUGAUCAUCCUGUCAGAGCCAGAGCCAGAGAUCCAAAUGUCCACCAACAUCACCUCUUCCCUCAGAAGUGUCUGUGACUGGGGCAGAAGGAUCAACCCCUCCAAUGACUCAGACCCACUACACGCUGACCUCCUGUUGUACAUAACAAGGUACGACCUGGAGCUGCCUGAUGGGAACAAGCAGGUCCGGGGAGUGACCCAGCUGGGUGGGGUCUGCUCCAGCGAAUGGAGCUGCGUGAUCACAGAGGACACGGGCUUCGACCUGGGCAUCACCAUCGCUCAUGAAGUGGGCCACAGUUUUGGGAUCAACCACGACGGAGCGGGGAACAGCUGCACUCGGGGCGGCUUCAUGAUGGCCUCGGAUGGAGGCUACAACAGCGUGGAUUUGACCUGGUCCCCCUGCAGCAGACAGCAGCUCCUCACCUUCUUCAGUGAAGGGAAGGCUGAUUGUGCCAAGGACUUCCCUGCGCUGAGAGGCUCCCUACAGGACUGGAAGCCCGGGCUGUAUUAUGGAGUUGACGACCAGUGUCGCAUCGCUUUUGGGAGCACUGCAAGAGCCUGCUCAUUCUCCAAUCCUGACCUGCCAGCUUGUCGUGUUCUGUCCUGUCACAUUAACCCUGAAGAUGUCAGCUCCUGCAAGCGCCUCCUGGUGCCACUGCUGGAUGGGACAGAGUGUGCGCCCAAUCAGUGGUGUCUGAAGGGACGCUGCGUGUCCCCGGAUGACUUUGGUUCCUCUGUGGUGGUUAACGGCUCCUGGUCCAGCUGGUCUGCGUAUUCCACCUGCUCCCGGACAUGCGGUGGAGGAGUUACGCUCCGGACGAGGGAAUGCAACAACCCAAGACCUGCUUUUGGGGGGAAUGAUUGUGAGGGUCCAGAUAUUGAGGCUGAACUUUGUAACCAACAGCCAUGUGGGCGGACCCAGUUGGAGUUCAUGGCAGAGCAGUGUUCCCAAACAGACCUACAGCCCCUGUACUUGCUACCCAACGCUGCCUCCUUCUACAAAUGGAUCCCUGCCGUUGGCUUUGUCAAAGGGGAUGAGCAGUGCAGACAUAUGUGUCAGUCUGAUGGAGAAAACUUCAUAGUGAGCCGCGGGUCUUAUUUUGUGGAUGGUACUCGCUGUGAGUCACACGGCUCUCCUCCUUACGGCGCAACAGCUGCUUGUCUUCGAGGCAGAUGCCAGCUGUUUGGCUGUGAUGGCGUGCUGCACUCUGGUAAAGUGUGGGAUGUGUGCGGGGUGUGUGGCGGAGAUGGGUCAAGCUGUGUUUUGACAUCUGACUCCUACAGCGGUGGUCGUGCCAAAGAGUACACCACUUUUCUCACUCUGCCAGUAAAUGCCACUCAGGUCCAUGUUAUCAACAGGGCACCUAUCUUCACUCAUUUAGCUGUAAUGGUUGGGGAUCAGUACAUCGUGUCUGGAAGGGGUACCAUGGCUCUGAAUGUCACCCAUCCCUCGCCACUGGAUGAAGACCAUGUACAGUAUCAUCUUCACCUGACUCCUGACCUUUUACCCGAGAUGGAAGAAGUUGUUAUACCUGGACCUCUGAAACAGGAGAUAAGUGUACAGAUCUAUCGCAAAUAUGGAAAAGAAUACGGUGAAAAAACCAACCCAAACAUUAGCUUUCAGUUUUAUGUGCCAAGAAACAAGAAGUUGAACGGCAGAUUACCCAGAGGAAAAUGGGCUCUUUCAGCAACGCCUUGCUCUGUCACUUGUGGAUUGGGUAUAGUGAAGCAGGAGCAUGUCUGUGUAGAUGAAGACACCAACAACCCUUUGAAGCCAAACUACUGUAAAGCCCCUCCUCCUCCCACAACGCCGCACAUACCCUGUCAUCUCUCAUUCUGUCCCCCCAGGUGGGAUGCAGGAAGUUUUGGGGUUUGCAGCGCCUCCUGUGGGGGUGGAUUCCGAGUGCGUCGAGUACGAUGUGUUCAAAAAAAUGUUACUUAUUCCAUAAGGAUUCCAGAUUCAAAGUGUUCCUCAGACACUGCUCCACACUCUGUGGAAAAAUGUAACCUGCACCAUUGCCCCGCCAGAUGGUCUGUGUCAGAGCCAGGGAACUGCUCUGCGGUGUGUGGACCAGGAGAAGCAAAACGCAACGUGUCUUGUGUCCGGCAAGAAGACGGCUCAGACGUCGCGGUGGAUCAUAGCUUCUGCUUAAACCAGAUCGCUCCUCCGGAUUCAGUGCCGUGUGUGGUGGACGUCUGCCCCAUCGGGUGGGAAUCUAAGGUGCAGGAAAGGCCCAGUUUAAAGUCCAGUUUGUUACCGCGCUCCAGACAGGCUCCUGUGUAUGUCUGGAGCCCUGUGGUCAGCCAGUGUUCCAGGACCUGCGGGAAGGGGACCCGAGAGGUGUGGUUUUCUUGUGUGGAUCACCAGACCAGACUGGGGGUGCCUGACUUCAACUGUGACUCUUCCAGCAAGCCUGAGCCUCAUACUGAGAUGUGUGGCCUUUCUCCCUGCCCUCCAGUGUGGCGCUCUAAGCAAGGAGUCUGCAGUGUAACGUGUGGAGGAGGGGUAGCCAAGAGAGUGCUGUAUUGUGCUCGAGAGGCAGAUGGGGAGGAGGAGGAGGAGGUGUUGGAGGAUCACAACUGCAGCGGCUUUCCCAAACCAACAGUGGUGGUUUCGUGUAAUUCUCACCGCUGCCCCGCGAGGUGGAAGGUAUUCAGGACGUCGCCCUGCUCCGUGUCCUGUGACCUGGGCGUAGCUCAGAGGAAUGUGUCCUGCGUCCAGUUUAUCCACGGGAAGGAGAGCGUGGUGCCAGAGGAGGGAUGCCGCGCGGCCGUCAAACCGGCCACCACGGUGCCUUGCCUGGUGCGAGCGUGCACCUUCAAGUGGGAGGUGAAACCAUGGAGCCAGUGUUCGGCACCCUGCGGAUACGGUAUCCAGUCCCGGGCGGUCUCCUGCAUGGGCCCGUCGAGCCCUGACCCCCUCAGCCCCCUGCUUUGCAUGCACAUGCCCAAACCGAUCACGAUCCGAGGGUGCUACGUGGACAGCUGCACAGACGUGGCCUUGGACAAGACCUCUUCAGUCAGCAAAGCAAACCUCACAGAAAAGCAGCUCCCAUCUCCCAUUCCGGUGAGCAAAGACGCACCACAGAACCACGAAGGCAGCCUCCCUCCAACGCCGACAGAGGCCGUAAGCAUCAAGCAGACUACCACAGCCACCCCCACACCAAAGUCUAGUGCAUGCGGGCAGCUACUCCUGGAGGAAUCGGGCACUGUGGAUUUAAAGGACGCGCCGGGCAGAUGCACCGUGUCGAUAGGUCGACCCCUCGACGAGGUCAUCAGCGUUCGAGUCAUCUCCAGCUCCCUGGACUGCAGAAAAAGGGAGUACGUGGCGUUUUUCGACCGUCUGGCUUUCGUGAGAAAGUGCGUGCAGGCAGCAGGCAGUGAACUGACCACCAGAACUAAUGUCCUGCUUGUUCGCCAAAGUCUGGUCACUCCUGGAAAUGGGGUUGUGUUUACCUACAGGUCACAGAAGAACACGAAAAGGAGCCACCAUCAAGAUUGCGACAUCCAGCUCUUUUCGCCCAGCGGCAUAUUUGAGAAUCCAGUUACGUCGAACACCAGUCACACCUGCCGAGUGCUCAUCAACGCCCCUCCCUCAGUGAAGAUCAGGAUCCGGGCGCUGCACAUAGGAUUAGUAUUCAACACCACCAACUCCCACUCUACAUACAUCAUGAUCCGAGACAUGGAUGUCUUGAAGACCAACGUGUUCAACGGCCCGCAGCUGUUCCUGUGGCACUCCUCUGGAAAUAUGGCUGAGCUUGAAUUUCACGGCAGCUACCUGUAUUCCAGGGGAACCUUCAGAGCGGAAUAUGUCUUCGUACAUCUUUGAUCCAAGACACAAAACUACUACGAAU